AUGGUUCGUGCACUCAUGAAUGGAGAAAGGGGUGGCCUCUGCGAUCUGGCGGAUUCGCCCAACUGUGCUUCAAGUGCGGGGAGAGGACCAAUGCGGCUAAUUCGGGAAAUAUUUCUAGAUAAUGACUUGGUCUUGUUAUUUAUGGAAGAGUGGAAGGGUGACAUCCUUGAGCCAUUAUCUGCCUACGAGAGCUCAGUUUUUUGCAGCAAAUUCCACCGCCAACAAACUGGUUGGAGGGAGUGUAACUUUUGCAACAAGCCUAUCCACUGUGGAUGCAUGGCAUCUAGAUCUUUGUUUGAGCAUCUUGACUUUGGUGGUAUAGGAUGUGUUAGCUGCACAAAUACUAGCCAACUUAGUAUGAUGAGGAAUAUUGAAAAUCCUAAUGGGCCCGUUUCAUUGAUAAAAAAUAAUGCAAGUGAUCGGAAAUCUUCUCAUUUUGAGGGAAGACUGUUUGCAGGUGGUGUUGAUGAAGGAAAACUUAUGCAAUUCUGCAAAAUUAUUGAAGCUAGUGAAUCCAGCCGUUGGAAUAAUGCUCAAAGAGAUGGCAUAAUUGGACGUCAUGGGCAAAACAACCAAGAAGCCAAGUGUUCAUUCAGGGAAGGAGACAUUGGAUUUUCAAAUGUGAUGAAGCCAUCGUUAACAUUUGCUGCCACAUUAGAAAAGAAUAGGCCACAAUGGGAGAUUAAGAAACUCCAUGAAACAAAUGCACAGCCAUCUUUGAGUAUGUACCUGGGAAAUGCAUCAGGUAACAACUCUGUCCCACCUUCUGCUGGAGAGGCUGUUGAAGGAAGACUGGAGGGAAAAACAUCUCCUCCCUUUCAACAAGGGCAGAGAUCUCGUCCUAUAUUUCCCAAACAAUUGAAGAGUGGGCUUACCAUGAAUGUGGAAAUAGACAAAGGUACAAGUUCUCAAUCACGGGUUGCUCGGCCACCUGCAGACGGCAGAGGAAAGAAUCAGUUACUUCCUCGAUACUGGCCGAGGAUUACUGAUCAAGAGUUGGAGCGACUGUCUGGAGAUUUGAAAUCUACUGUUGUGCCAUUAUUUGAGAAAGUAUUGAGUGCCAGUGAUGCAGGUCGAAUUGGCCGUCUUGUUCUUCCAAAAGCCUGCGCUGAGGCAUAUUUUCCUCAUAUUUCACAAUCUGAAGGUGUUCCUCUGCGAAUGCAAGAUGUGAAGGGGAAUGAAUGGACAUUUCAGUUCAGAUUUUGGCCAAAUAACAACAGUAGAAUGUAUGUCUUGGAGGGUGUGACCCCUUGCAUUCAGGCCAUGCAAUUACGAGCUGGUGAUACUGUAACAUUCAGUCGGAUAGAUCCCGGAAGCAAACUUGUUAUGGGUUUCAGAAGGGCAUCGAAUUCUCCAGAUACACAGGAUACCUCCACAUCUGCACAAUCUAAUUCAGCAAAGGGAACCACCUCUGCUGGAACCGAGAAUCUGCCAUCAGGAAGUAAUCAUGCUGAACUUCUCCUUUCAAUGAAAGGGAAUGUGGAACCUCACUUAAAUGGACGAACAGAACAUCUGCUUUUGGGUACCGGAUCUUCUGGGUUGCUUAUGACUGAAAAUAAUGAGACGACAAACAAUAGUUCACUACAGCAAAAAAUUUCGGUUUUAGAGAAGAAGAAGACUCGUAAUAUUGGGCCUAAAAGUAAGAGGUUGCUUAUUGACAAUGAAGAUGCAAGGGAGUUGAAACUUACAUGGGAAGAAGCACAGGAUUUGCUUCGUCCUCCUCCUAGUGUCAAGCCAAGCAUUGUCACAAUUGAGGACCAAGUGUUUGAAGAAUAUGAUGAACCCCCAGUUUUUGGAAAGAGAACUAUAUUCAGUACAUGUUCUUCUGGGGUGAAGGAACAAUGGGCUCAAUGUGAUGAUUGCUCUAAAUGGCGAAAGCUUCCAGUUGAUGCUCUUCUUCCUGCCCAUUGGACAUGUUUUGAAAAUGUUUGGGAUUCAAGAAGAAGUUCAUGCACUGUACCAGAAGAGCUAAGUUCAGGGGAAUUAGAAACUCUUCUGAAAACCAACAAAGAUUUUAAGAAGCGACGAAGUGAUGAAAACAGCAAGUCAAUCCAAGAACAUGAGCCUUCUGGCUUGGAAGCUCUUGCCAGUGCAGCAGCCCUGGGAGAAAAUCUCGUUGACACUGCCGAAUCGUCUGCUGGAGCCACCACCAAACACCCUAGACACCGUCCUGGCUGCUCUUGCAUUGUGUGCAUCCAGCCACCAAGUGGCAAGGGGAGACACAAGCCAACAUGCACAUGCAACGUGUGCUUGACUGUGAAGCGCCGGUUCAAAACCCUCAUGCUAAGAAAGAAGAAAAAGCAAUCCGAACGUGAAGCAGAAGCUGCCCAGAAAGAUCAAGUUCUCCUCAAAGACGAGUCGGAUACCAAUGAAACAUCAAGAGAUGAUUCAACUCAGUUGGAGAAAGAGUUAGGACUAAACAGAAGUCAAGCUGAAGUGGGUGAGUCAAAUGCUGCUGGGCAAAUUGAUCUGAAUUCUCAUCCCAACCGUGAAGACAUGCAAGUGGAUAUCACAGGAGUUAACAUGACUAGUCAUCUUGAAACAACAACAAACUCAACUACAGUAAGAGAAUGUAUGAACCAAAAUGGUCCAAGAAGCUAUCACAAUGAAGUGCAGAAUGGUGAGAAUUCUUCUUUGCACACACCUCAAUCCAAUGGAGAAGGCCAGAGAUACUUCUCUGAUGGUAGAAGCUUUGCAUCCAUUAUGUGGAACCAAGAAACAAGAGAUGAGGAAGACAGUCAACCCAACCAAAACCAGAACAAUCUUUCUUAA